AUGGCUGAACAUAAUAAAGGCCGCCUUGCUGCGAUAGUGGUGUCUGUCCUUGGCUAUGCAAUAAGCCUGGUGUUUAAUGGUCUGUCAGUGGUUGGAGUUGGUGUCUAUUCUACAACCACGGCCAAUGUUUCUGCUGUGUUCGACACCCAGAUCACCCCCUCGGGAUGGACCUUCAACAUCUGGAGUGUCAUCUACGUCUGGCUGACAGCGAUGAUUAUCUACAUCCUCACAGGCCUUUGCAGAAAAAAUGGUUAUGGCUAUGUUUACUGUAGCCCCCCAGUGCUGCCUUAUGGAUUCUUCAUCAAUUGGUGCCUCAAUCUGUGCUUUAAUAUCGGCUGGUUGAUUGUUUGGGACAGAGGAACGAUGCUUGCUGCAUUAAUAUUUCUCCUCCUGGUCAUCUUUACAAACUACUCCAUGGUGUUCUUCAUCUGUCAUGGACUCUACAUUUAUGGACCCUGGCUAAAAAAAUAUCACAAAGUAGAUCUGUGGCUGCACCGGGUGUUGAUUCAGAAUGGUGUGAUGAUCUACACAACGUGGACAACCAUUGCAACUUUAAUCAAUCUGACCAUUGUGCUGACUUACAACACAAAGAUGUCCCCAACAGACGCUGCCACCAUUGCUUACUCUUGUUUGGCUGCUUUGUUGGUAGUGUGGUUUAUUGUGGAAAACUUUGUGCUUGACAAACAUGUGCGGUACAUCCUCAUCAUCUACCCUGUUGUUAUUUGGGCACUGUCUGGAAAUCUGGACAAAAACUUUGAUGCUCAAUCACCAAAUCGCAAUGGCAUCUUUAUUGUGGUGCUCCUGGCCGUAGCCUGUUUGCUGUUUGUCAUACGUGUUAUUUUGGUGAUUUGGAGGCACAAGAAACAGCCACUCUACCAAGACGUCAACCCAGAGGCGAUGGAACCAAUGGCGACAGCCGCGAAGCAGAAAAAGAUAUUCAAAUAA